AUAAUGGCAAUUAAACGUCACAGUACAAGUCAAGUCACAAAUAUAAUCAUAAUCACAGAUCAUAAUUGUCAAGUGAAAUGAAUCGUUUAAAGUGUGGUGACGAGGACUACGAAAACUGUGACGAUAUCACUUAAAUCGUGUAGCACGAGAGUUAUUACCAUGUGACUGUAUGUAAUAUAUUAUGUGAUCAUGUGUUAAAAUAGUUAUCGGACAUUCUGUUUGGUUUAUUUCAAUGGAUUCCAAAAAGAAGGUUAAAAAAAGAGACAAAAAUAAUUAGUAGGAGAAAAAAAUGGCGUCUGAAAAGACUGAGAUACUACCAGAGGAAGAUCAAAACGCAAAUCAAGAAGUCAACGCAUCUGACUCUGGUAGUUCAACAGACAGUGAAGAUUUAGUAAAUGCACUUAAUUAUAAUACUAUUACUUCCUUAGCUGCUUUAAAAGAUAUUAUUCAAGGUGACAAUGAUACACCUGAAACUGAUAGUUUUUUCCAACACUAUUUCAUGAAUCAUUGCAACAAUCUCUCCAGCCGUAAUUCGAAUUCUACGUCACCGUUUCCUUUCAAUGAAAGGCGUAGAUUAUCACAAUGUCGCGAAGAGGACGAAGACGACGAAAAAAAAGAUGUGAAACAGUCCAAUGGUUCAUUAAAUUCAAAUUUAGAAACUACGUAUAAAGAAGGACAAGAUAAUUUUUUAAAAUCAUCAGAUAAGGAAAAUACCACUAUAAAAGCUGAGGAAAAGAUAAAUUCUGACGAUAUGACUUUUAUUUCUGAAAAUGAUGAUUCUUCGAAACGUACAGUUAUGGGAGCAAAACACACAUUUUUUGUAACUAAAACGGAACAAAUGUCGCCAACGGUAAGGCAUGCUCUUCGGACUCAAGUCAGUAAUGCGCACACUGUACAUUUUGGAACAAAGGGAGUUGAAGAGCAAAGACCGAAUGUAAGAACUAUUUUUACAGGGCAGAAUCUCCAUCGAGACAAAAAUUACUUUGAUAGUAGCUUAAUUGAAAUUAGAUCUACAGUGGACGGAGUUUUACCUAGUUCUGAGGAUAUUUGGGUUAAAAGAACUGAUGCUAAGCAUGUGGUUAAGGACGAUAAUUUAGGGGUCAAAGAAUCUGUAAAAAAAUCUGAAGACGCAAUUAGAGUAGAAGUACAAUCUGAACAAAAACGUGAACGAUCUGGAACUUGGGGCUCCGUAACUGCACGUAAGGAGAAAGAAGUUUUAAAAAAACCUAUUAAAGAUAGUAGAAGAAACAGUGACGAAAGACGACAAAAAAGAGAUCAGCGUCUGGAUGCAUCGAUUACGCGUAGUUCGCAAUCCGUCGGGGAACGCAAACGCCGCGGCUCUGCUGACGAUGGCCAAGCUCAUCCUAUGUAUCAACAAACAAUUCAUGGUAAGUUAGACGAUUUGAACGACGAGUACUAA